GUUACUUCACGGGAUUCCCAAGCCAACCACUUUUUUACCUUUCCCCUUUCCCGGUGCUUCUCUCUCCCAUUUUCCCCUUUUACUGGUGUUGAGCCGAAGCGGAGAGGAGGCGGCGUCGUCAGGCUCGUCCUUGCUUCAAGCGGUGGUGACGACGGCGCCACGGAUCUGGAGCGGCGGCGGCGGCGGCGGCGGCGGCGCGGAUCUGGAGUGGAGCGACGUGGGAGGACGACGCCACCGCCGCUCGAGAUCCGCAACCGGGGCGAUGGCCGGCGGUGUUGUCGACGGGUUGACGAUGGCGUCGUCACGGGCUGACGGGAGGGAGGCGCGGUCGUCAGCGGCGGCGGUGACGUGGUCGUGGCGUGCCCCGGUGGCGACUCCACCAGCUGCACGAGCUCCCCCGGUCGGUGCCCCUCCUCUCCAUUCAUGGCGGCACCCGAUUACUCUCCCCUCAACCCUCAGUGGCACCGGCGCCAACACCGUCUCGCGCGCGGAGAAGCCUAGAAGGCCGGCGGUCGAGGAGCUCCCCCGGCGACGCGGCGAUGAGCAUCGAGCGGAGCAGCGGGCGGGCCUUCUCGACACGGAGCAGCGACAGCGUCCUCUGGCAUCUUCAGCAAGCGCCGAGCGGAGCAGCAAGGGGCCAUCUCGACGCAGAGCGGUGGCGGUCCGGAACUCCCUCGUUCCGAGCGGUGACGGUGACGGCCGCAUCAGCGCCGCCGGAUUUUCUCAGGUGGGGGACUUGGAUGAGGCUUCACCAGCUUGGGAGAACAACGGCGGCCACACUAGUCGGCGCUACAACAUCUCCCAACUCUUCUCCUCACCGAGUCCUCACCAAGUGGGUCCUGUGCCAGAGUUUUUUGCGCGAGGUGUUCGUUCCUUUGGCUGUGUUUAGAUUCAAAGUUUGUAUCUAAACUUUAAACUUCAGUCCUUUUUCAUCAUAUUAACUUGUCAUAUACCCAUAACUUUUUAGUCAUAUCAUUUUUAAUUUCAACCAAAAUCUAAACUUUGUGCUAAACUAAA